AUGAGUCGGCAUACAACACCCAGGCUCGAUUGGAGUUCAAUACUGGUGGAAGAUGAAGAAUCAGACCAGCCAGUUGCAGCCGUGGUUGACCAGGAGCCCAGGGAUGAGCAACCUCAACAAGAGGAGCCACCCACUGAGAGUCAGGAUAUUGCACCUGAUGAAGAGCACGCAGAUGCAGGAGCACCUGAGGUUCAAGGAGCUGACCUUGAAGCUGAUGUUCAAGAACUGGAGAAACCAGUGACUGGGGUUGAGGGUGGAGAUGAUCCUGAAGUCAUUGGGUAUGCUUGUGCAAAUCCAGAGCCCAUUGAAAUGCCAGAAACAGGGGAAGGAAAACCAGCCAUUUAA